CCCGGGGGACUUUGGGAAGAUCACAUGUUGCUUGUUAGAGAACUCAGAACAGCAAACACAGUACAAAGCUCUGAGUCAUGGCAGAGGUCACCUGAGAUAGAUUUUUAACUAAUUUACUGAUAAUGUGUUAAAAUGAGAAACACAACUGUAUGUUAUAGCCAAUCAUUACAUCAAUGCAGACCUUAGAAUUAAACUGUUGUUGCUAUGUUUCAUUUUUGUGUCAUGGAGCCCAUUGGGUGGCAUGCUGUGGUGGUUAUGGUAAUCCGGCCAGUUGAGGACAUCCAGCUCUGAGGCCCUGCUUCUCUGUAGCAGGAACUUCAGCAGAGCCUCGCCUCCCUACAGGCCCGUCCAAUGGUGGUGAGGCCUGUGUUUCCAUGUUUGGUGUGAGAAAUGGCCUCCCUGUAGGUCUUCUUCAGGAAGGAAUGUGUUUCAAGGUGGAGGCUCAGGUUCUUAGAGUGCAGUUCCCAGAACCUCUUAGUAGGUCUCCGAUUCACCCUCACUACAUGGGUGAUUGUCACACUGCAGCUCAGUUAGCCACGGUUCAGGGUGCUCACAUGGCUUUGUGACGGCCAUCCAGGAUGGCAGAUCAGGAUGAAGCUUGCUGUGCACACUCCCUCUACUUGCCAGUGCUGACAGGGUACAGGACAUGGUGACCAAAGGCGUGCACGUUGACAGGCCGGGCUGCCCCCGUUGUCCUGGCUUCUACACUGGCUGGCAAGAUUCAUCUUCAGAGAAACAGUUAUGACUCAGACCUGGAGCCCUGGAGGGGACAGAAGCUGCAGACUCGGGACUCCAUGGGUGGAUGAGGUUUGUACCCAAAGCUGUCUUUAAAAUUGCUUUAUAUUCCUUAUGUAUAAAAUGCUGAAGCACAGGAGAUACCCGAGAAUGCAAAGAAGAAAUGAAUCCUGUAACUUGAAGUACACCCAUUCAGUGGAAUGUUGUGUGACUGACCAUUCAUAGUCAGGCCUUAGCUUAUUUUAUGAUGGAGAAAAAUAUGAAAUGUAAUCUUAUACGUGAAGGUUAAAAUGCCCUGUGUAAUACAAUGGCGUAUUUGUAUAUACACAUGUGUGGUGGGUGUAUGCAUACCAGAAUUUCACAGUGAGCAUCUCCCUGGGUACAAUUAUGCCUUAGUCUUUCAGUUUUUUAUGGUUUACCAUUUUGUGACACUGUUGGGGAUCUCACCCAUGGCCUUUUGGUUUUGUACUCGGCCACCAGCCGCAACCCCAGUUCUUACAUUCUUGAGAUAGAGCCUCACUAGUCCCUAAAGCUAGCCUUGACCCUCUACAUACCCAGGAUGGCCUUGAAUUCACAGUCAUCCUUCUGCCUCAGCUUCCUGGGUUCAGUUCUAAUUUGUCAAUGCGCAUUUGUUAUUGGAGGAAAAAAACUUACUCAUUUUAAAGGAAUUAUAUGUAUAUAUAGCUAGUAAAUUAAAAAGCAAGUUUUCAGGUGAAUACUUAAUAUAGUUUUCCAAAGUAGGGAAAGCCAAAAGAGAAAAGGGAAAAACGAUGGUACAACAUUAAAGUUGAAUGUAGUAAUGACAUGGGUAGAGGGGUUCGACACAGACAGUGAUUCGGGUGGUUAUUUAUCGUGAUGACUCUGGGUGUCACUGAGGUGCUUUGACACAGUGACAUGUGGUGACCACUGUGGAGAUUAUGGUUGUUAGCGUGAGGUGUCAGACAGAGACAGAGUCAGAGGUUGUCUGUUGUCAAGAUUUCAGAAGUAGCACCAGGCUCUUGACCCUGACCUGUUGCUCCUGUUGUAAAUAGUCCCAGAGCUGUGAAGAGCUUGAUACAGACUGACUGGAGGUGGCUGUUGUGAUGACCCUGGUUGGGAGGUUAGCUACUGCCCCGGGGGUGGGGAAACAGCAGGAAUGGGUGACGUCGGUCACCAUAGCCACAUUCUAGACCUUCUGAUGGAGCAUCAUCUGUGUGGGUGGUACAAAGUAGGUUUGCGCUAUGAGGAAUGGGGCUGAGGACAGAGGCGUUGACAGAGUCUCACUGAGUCACAGUCAGAGGUAAUGUGGGCUGAAGCCGGGAGUCUCCUCUUGCAGUUUUCCAUCGUUGGCUUCCACCGGCUAAGCCCCACCAGGUACCAUUUGCGCAGGGAGUUUGUCAGCAUUCUGUACACCACAGAGGAGGCAGGAAGGGUGUCUAAGUGGUCUGCGAGCGAAAGACGAACAAGGCUAUGCCCUCCGCUAAGCCAUCUCUGAGCUCCAUUGCGACCACAGACCUACUCAGUGGCCAAGAAGGAGGCUUUCAUCUGCCCACCACUGAGCUUCCUGGCAGGAGCUGCCGGGCUGGGCUUCCUGGGUUCCAGAGACACCAAGGAGCUUCUUCUGCCUGCGUGCCUUCUUUCCAUACCGCAGCACGCCGGGAGAUACCGCUCGAGCCUCUCCGUGUCACCAGCCGCUGACAACUAAGGUCCCCGUUCCCAGGACUAUCUCCCGGUGACGUCAAGGGGCUGAAGUCCCAGAUCCGUGAGAAGUCACUUCCAAGAGGCCCAUGUAGGAGUCCCGCCGGCCCCUGCGCCCUGGUCACGGUCCUGCGGUUCAUGCGCGCUCGGACUCCGCAUCCAGAUGUGACUCCGACCGGGGUUGUCCACAAAGCAGCGUGCAGUCCACAAAGCAGCGUGCAGACUGCAAGCUGCGGAAGUGCACGGGCCGCCAGGAUCCAACGUUCAACCUGGAGCCUCGCUCAGCAACCACCCUCCGUGGGGGCCGCCGCCACUCUCCUUCCCGCGCGGGGAGGCGGAGCGCUCCGGCCCGGCGCCGAGAGAAGGCGCAAGCGCGCCUGGCGCGGGGAGCGGUGCAUGAUGGGAGGCGCGCGCUUUUGCCGCUUCCGCGAAGAUGGCGGCGCCGUAGUCCGGGCGCGGGAUCCUGGGGCGCGGGGGAGGCGGCGGUACGCAGUCCCGGCGCGGUGAUGGCGACCCCGGAUCAGAAGUCGCCCAACGUUCUGCUGCAGAACCUGUGCUGCCGGAUCCUGGGCCGGAGCGAAGCCGAUGUCGCCCAGCAGUUCCAGUUUGCCGUCAGGGUCAUUGGCAGCAACUUUGCUCCGACCGUUGAAAGAGAUGAAUUCCUAGUGGCUGAAAAGAUCAAGAAAGAACUUAUUCGACAAAGGAGAGAAGCAGACGCGGCGCUGUUCUCAGAGCUGCACAGAAAGCUUCAUUCGCAGGGAGUUUUGAAAAACAAAUGGUCAAUCCUCUACCUCUUGCUGAACCUUAGUGAGGAUCCUCGCAAGCAAACCGGCAAGAUAACUAGCUAUUCUUCGUUAUUUGCACAAGCGUUACCAAGGGAUGCUCACUCGACACCUUACUACUAUGCCAGGCCUCAGACCCUCCCCUUGAACUACCAGGACCGCAGCACACAGGCACAGAGCUCCGGCAGCUUGGGCAGCAGUGGCAUCAGCAGCAUCGGCAUAUGUGGUCUCAGUGGCCCCACCCCUGUGCAGCCUUUCCUCCCUGGGCAGCCUCAUCAAGCUGCACUAGUUGGUGAUGGCCUUCGGCAGCAGCUGGGGCCGCGGCUCGCAUGGACCCUGACUUCAAAUCAGCCUUCUUCUCAAACCCCUACCUCCAAGGGCCUCCCAAAUGCCCUUUCUCGCAACAUGACAAGGUCAAGGAGAGAAGGGGAUCCGAGUGGCUCGUUGGAAGUUACUGAAGCAGCUCUUGUGAGGGAUAUUCUUUACGUGUUCCAGGGCAUUGACGGCAAAAACAUCAAAAUGAGCAGCACCGGGAACUGCUACAAAGUGGAAGGCAAGGCAAACUUAAAUAAAUCUUUGAGGGACACGGCAGUCCGGCUUGCAGAGCUGGGAUGGUUACACAACAAAAUCAGGAAAUACGCUGACCAGAGGAGCCUGGACCGCUCUUUUGGACUUGUAGGCCAGAGCUUCUGUGCUGCCUUGCAUCAAGAGCUCAAAGAGUACUACAGGCUCCUCUCUGUUCUGCACUCUCAGCUCCAGCUAGAGGACGAUCAGGGUGUGAAUUUGGGACUAGAGAGUAGCCUCACACUGCGGCGCCUCCUGGUUUGGACAUACGACCCCAAAAUAAGACUAAAGACCCUCGCUGCGCUGGUAGAUCACUGCCAAGGACGGAAAGGGGGUGAGCUGGCCUCUGCUGUCCAUGCCUACACAAAGACAGGAGACCCCUACAUGAAGUCCCUGGUGCAGCACAUUCUGAGUCUGGUGUCCCACCCUGUCCUCAGCUUCCUUUACCGAUGGAUCUAUGACGGGGAGCUGGAGGACACUUACCAUGAAUUUUUCGUGGCGUCAGAUCCGACCGUUAAAACCGACCGACUGUGGCAUGACAAGUAUACGCUGAGGAAAUCGAUGAUCCCUUCCUUCAUCACGAUGGACCAGUCUAGAAAGGUCCUUUUGAUAGGAAAGUCCAUAAAUUUCCUGCACCAAGUCUGUCACGAUCAGACACCAACUACAAAAAUGAUAGCUGUGACCAAGUCUGCGGAGUCACCCCGUGACGCUGCAGAUUUAUUCACAGAUUUAGAAAAUGCAUUUCAAGGGAAAAUUGACGCUGCUUAUUUUGAAACCAGCAAAUAUCUAUUGGAUGUCCUCAAUAAGAAGUACAGCUUGCUGGAGCACAUGCAGGCCAUGCGGCGGUACCUGCUUCUGGGCCAAGGAGACUUCAUAAGGCACCUAAUGGAUUUGCUCAAACCAGAACUUGUUCGCCCAGCAACAACUUUAUAUCAGCAUAACUUGACGGGGAUUCUUGAAACGGCUGUUAGAGCCACCAACGCCCAGUUUGACAGUCCGGAGAUCCUCAGGAGGCUAGAUGUGAGGCUGCUGGAGGUGUCUCCAGGUGACACUGGAUGGGAUGUCUUCAGCCUGGAUUACCACGUCGACGGACCAAUUGCCACUGUGUUCACACGAGAGUGCAUGGGCCACUACCUGAGAGUGUUUAACUUCCUGUGGAGGGCCAAGCGCAUGGAGUACAUCCUCACUGACAUCCGGAAAGGACACAUGUGCAAUGCGAAACUCCUGAGGAACAUGCCAGAGUUCUCUGGGGUGCUGCACCAGUGUCACAUCCUGGCCUCCGAGAUGGUCCACUUCAUUCAUCAAAUGCAGUACUACAUCACCUUUGAGGUUCUUGAGUGCUCCUGGGAUGAGCUUUGGAACAGAGUGCAACAGGCCCAGGACUUGGACCACAUUAUCGCAGCACAUGAGGCGUUCCUGGACACCAUCACCUCCCGCUGUCUCCUGGACAGCGACUCCAGGGUACUUUUAAAUCAACUCAGAGCUGUGUUUGAUCAAAUUAUUGAACUUCAAAAUGCCCAAGAUGCAAUGUACAGAGCUGCUCUGGAAGAAUUACAGAGACGACUGCAGUUUGAAGAGAAAAAGAAGCAGCGUGAAAUCGAGGGCCAGUGGGGGGUGACAGCGGCAGAGGAAGAGGAGGAGAACCGGAGGAUCCGAGAAUUCCAGGACUCCAUACCAAAAAUGUGUUCACAGUUGCGAAUAUUGACACACUUCUACCAGGGUGUUGUCCAGCAGUUUCUGGUGUUGCUGACCACCAGCUCCGAUGAAAGUCUCCGCUUCCUCAGCUUCAGGUUGGACUUCAAUGAACAUUACAAAGCCAGAGAACCCAGGCUCCGGGUUUCUCUGGGCAGUAGGGGGCGGCGCAGUUCCCACACGUGAGGCUUGGCGGGGUUAUUAGAUGCCCGCUCAAGCCAGACCCUCCAGGCAGCAGGGAGCUGCAGGUGCCCCCUGUCUGCACACAGGCCACAGUGUUUCAGCACUCCGUCUGCUGGAAGAAGUCUCAUUACCCACUGGACUUGAGUGUAAUGUCACCGAGUUCAGCAGGCUGCUCACCUACAAUGUAGUCUUCGUAGUUGAGAGAUGCUGUGAUGUGUUGGAGCAUCUUAUUUCCACCAUGUAAUUUAUAUUUGUCACUUUAAACAACAACAGCAACAGUUUCUUGCUACAAAAAACUAGGGCAGUGGUGUGUUCCUAAACUAAGAGUAAUGUCACGCUAUUUUCUACCAUCUUCUGUAGAGACAAUUUUUGUUACCAUGGUCACACUAAGUUGAAACAUGUCUCUAGGAACAGGAAAUAUGUAAAUGUCUUACUUUGGUUUCAGUGUUUAAGACACUAGCCUGCGUGAGGACAUCGACACCCAAGCGUCGCCUUCACACCCUUGUUCUUACUUUCUCUUCCAAAGUUUACAUUUUGAUAUUUAGUUUGCUAUGUCAAAUAACUUGUAAAACAGUACAGAAGAACAGGAGCCAUGUGGAGAGGGGUGUCCUGGGCUAGCACAGCCCAGCUGUGCAGACCACCAGCUGAGCACUGGGUACGAGUGAAGCAAGGCGGAAGUGUUUUAUUUUCAAAAUUCCGAUAAGUGUUGGAAAGAAACCAGCUUGGAUAUUGGCGGGUUCCCUUCUUGCCUAUUUUUUCAUUGUGAAUAUUUAUAUACUACUGACCAGAUGAUGGAGGGACCUGUUUUUUUGUAAAAAUGUCCUAUCCAGUCACAUAAUUAUGCCUUUUUUAUGUUGCAUAAGUGAGAACUUAGAGAAUUAAAGACCAUUAUCUUUCA